GGUGAGCUUUGCCGAUGCCGGUGGCCUCCAGGAAAUGUCGAAGCGGUGCGUGUGUGUUGCCCGAAGAGAGGACGCACCACUGGGAGGAGAAACUAGCAACAGCAGCAACAGGCGUCAGCGGCUUCGAGCAGCACUAAGGAAGGAACGAUGAGCGACACAAAUGCGCCCAAAGUCGAACUUUUUGUUAAGGCAGGGAGUGAUGGCCAGAGUAUCGGCAACUGUCCCUUCUCUCAGCGCCUCUUCAUGGUGUUGUGGCUUAAAGGAGUCACAUUUGACGUUACCACCGUGGACAUGAAGAGGAAGCCGGACAUUUUGAACGACCUGGCUCCCGGUGCCCAGCCGCCCUUCUUGUUGUACGGCACCGAGGUGAAAACGGACACCAACAAGAUCGAGGAGUUCCUGGAGGACAAUCUCAGCCCCCCAAAGUAUCCUCGUCUGGCAGCGCGUAACCCCGAGUCAAACACAGCAGGCAUGGAUGUUUUCUCCAAGUUCUCAGCUUACAUCAAGAACUCCAACCCUCAGACCAAUGAAAAUCUCGAGAAAGGCCUUCUGAAAGCACUGAAGAAACUCGACGACUACCUCGGCUCGCCACUUCCUGACGAAAUCGACCAAAAUAGCUCAGAUGAAGUCACUUCCUCGACCCGCCCCUUCCUCGACGGACAACAACUUACACUCGCUGACUGCAACCUGCUUCCAAAGCUCCACAUUGUCAAGGUUGUGUGUUUAAAAUACCGAAAAUUCAGCAUCCCUCAGUCUCUGUCCAACCUUUGGAGGUACCUGAACUCAGCAUACGCCCGAGACGAGUUUGCCUCAACCUGCCCGAUUGAUGACGAGAUCCACAUGGCUUACGCUUCUGUGGCUAAAGUUCUCAAGUAGGCUUUGGGAAAGAAAAAAAAAAAGUUGGUUAGAAAGAAUUUAUCAUCAGUUUAACAACACUUUUUUUUUUUUUCUUCAGUUUUGCCUGUUUACUGUAAAAACCCUUAAAAAUCAUUUGCUCUAAAUUCCACGCUAUAGUGGAGUUGCAAAAGAUCAAUCUAAAUGCAGUCGUACCAUUUCUUUGUAUUUUGGGGAGAUGAUGUAUACAGACACAAAACUGCCAAGUCGGCUGAAAACUCAUUCAGCUUAAGUGUCAAUCUUUUAUUUCGUAAAAUAUAUGCACACCAGCAUGAACCAAAGUAUUUGGCAAUCGCAUUGAACGGUUCACACUCGGGAUGGGCCAGUACCGACACCAGCCUUCUUUCACGGUGUCGGUACAACGCAACGAUGGCUGCUGCAUUGUGGUUGUUUUAAUCAGGAACUAAUUAAAAAUUUCUCAUUUUAGCAGAGUAGGCUAUAAAUAUGAAAUCAUUUUUCUUCAAAUCUUGUUCAUUUUUAAUGUGCCCUAAAAACUUCUUUGUGUGAAUUGAGUUUACCAGUUAGCAAUGUCCUGAAAUAUUUUGUGUCACAUGAGUUGGCAAUGUCGCAACUAUAAAAAUAGCGGGUAGUUUCCGACUGCUUGGAAGGAAGAUGAUAAGCUUGAAGAAAUGUGCACUUACAGAAAAUAGCUCGUGAACAAUGCUGUCUGUCAAGCCCACUGAUGGAAAGGAACAUUUUAAAUCAUCUGAAAAGUGACUUCAAACCACACAAGUGCAAUUUAAGAAUCAGAACUCUUUUUUUUUUCUACGCUGUUUUUGACAUAUUUGCCUGUUUUGCUUCACAACUUAAAUUGGAGAGGUCCACCUUCCCAAAGUGAAAAGAUUUUUGGGUUUGUUUUAGUUGACUGAACUGUUUCCGACAUGAAUCAAUUAAAGGGACAGUGUCUUAUAAUAUUUUCAGGAUGUCAUUUUAGAUUUCUUAAUGUACUGUAGAGAAAAAUGACAUUUCAGGGACCUAACUCAUCAAUAUUUGACUUAACUCUUUGUUUCUUAAUAUAUUGCAUGUUAUUUUGAUGACACCUAUUUAGCUCCUUGCUAUUUUUAGUAUUACUUUUGUUGACUUUUUUUGUGUGUUAGAUAAUUAGCUGACAUUCCAAGUUGACUUUUGUAUUUCCAAGGCCACAUUUCAUUUGUGCAUUUCUUUAAAAAUAAGCCCAAUAAAGUUUUCUUCAGAAAUAA